CAUGUGAUUCAGGAUGAGUUGGGCUCUCGGACAGAGUUCCUGCUAGAGAAAUGUUUCAAAAAAGAGACGGAGGAAAUGGAGACGACCAAGAAUGUCAACAGACUCCUCCUGCAGAAUCUGCUGCCCGGACACGUCACAGACUUCUUCAUCGGCAAGGACGUCCCAAACCAGGACUUGUACAGUAAGUCAUGUGAGUGUGUGUGCGUCAUAUUUGCAUCCGUGCCGCAGUUCUACAAAGAGUUUUACAACGAGAGCAGCGUCAACAACAACGGACUGGAGUGUCUUCGCUUCCUGAACGAGAUCAUUUCAGACUUUGACGAGCUCCUUAACAAGCCAAAAUUCAGUGCGGUUGAGAAGAUCAAGACCAUCGGCAGCACCUACAUGGCGGCUGCCGGACUGACCAAUCCUGCGAAAACAGAGGAACAACUAGCCUGUGACAGGUCAUACAGUCACAUCCGCUGCAUGCUGGACUUCGCCAUCGCUCUGAUGGGCAGGCUGGAAAACAUCAACAUGCACUCAUUCAACAGCUUCAAACUGAGGAUCGGGAUAAACCACGGCCUGAUCGCAGGCGUCAUCGGCGCUCACAAACCGCAGUAUGACAUCUGGGGAAACACGGUUAAUGUGGCCAGCAGGAUGGACAGCACUGGAGUCCUGGACAAAAUACAGGUGACGGAGGAAACGGCACAGGUGGCUCAAAUGCUGGGCUAUAGUGUCACUCAGAGAGGAGUGGUCAACGUUAAGGGCAAAGGUCAACUUACUACGUUCUUCAUCGACACAGAGCAAAUGCUGAAGUCCUGAUCACACUGACCACUGCAACGAACGCUUGAAACGUGAAUUUGCGUCAACAAAGCACCGUCAGAUUGAGUUGAAAUAGUGUGAAUGUUAGUGGUGGCCCUACAUGAACUGAUUAGCACUUAGAUUUAACUAAUUCAAGUACUUUUAAAAAUGAAGGAAUAGUAAAGUUAACCAUUUUAUUGUUCUUUUUUGAGUUUUUCUUUUUCUUUUUGAAGCUUACCAUAAUGGUUAAUUUUUUUUAAUUUUUUUUUUAAAUAGUGUAAAGUGUAAAUUCUAUAAAUUUCCAAGGUUUUGAGUUUAGUUUUAUAUUGAAUACAUGUAUUUUCUUUCACUUAUGCACUUAUUUAUUAAUGUUUGUUAUUAUGUAUUUAAACUUUUGUAUGUUUAAUUGAUGUG